AUGGAGGGCGGGCGGCGCGGAGAGGCCGCGGCGGCGGCGGCCGGGGACGGGCCCGCGCCCGUGUUCACCCUGGAGGAGGUGGCGAAGCGCAACUCCAGCCGUGAGGCCUGGCUGGUGAUCCACGGGCGCGUGUACGAUGUCACCCGGUUCCUGGACGAGCACCCAGGUGGAGAAGAGGUGCUGCUUGAGCAAGCUGGCAGAGAUGCCACUGAGAGCUUUGAAGACGUGGGGCAUUCCACAGAUGCCAGGGAGAUGCUGAAGCAGUACUACAUCGGAGAGGUGCACCCGAGUGAUCGUGAAAAGCAAGGUUCUAAGAAUUCAAGUAGGACAUCCUCAGACCAAACCAGUUCCUGGUCGACAUGGCUGAUCCCCAUCUUUGGAGCACUGGUUUUAGGUUUAAUGUAUCGUUAUUACAUGGCAGAUGGGAAAAGCUCCUGAGUUGGCCUUGCUGGGGCCUCAGACAGCCUGAGAAGAGGGAGACAGAGUGUGUGUGUGCAACACGUGGAGUUCUGCUGCCCUUAGCCUUCCCGCCUUGCUUUUAGCUCUGAGUCUGUCAAGUGAUGUUGAUAUCCAUGGGACCAAGCUAAUUCCAAACUCUGUCCUAACUCUGGGACCCACAGAUCUGUUGUACCUCCCUCUUGCCGUGGCAGGGAACGAGGAACUCCUGUUGUUCCCUGCCCUUGGCGUGGUGUCCCUCAUGCUCUCUCUCGCUCUCUCUCGCUCUCUGACUUUACCCCAGACAACCUUUUCUCUCAAUGCCUUUGCGUUAAGCCAGACACCAUGAAAGAGCUGCCCCGGGCCUGUGGCUCUGCCUCAGCCCUUCACACAGUCGGGAACCAUCUGCCAGGUGUCUCCAGCCCUUGCCAGCAAGGAUGUCCAGAGUUUGGUUCUGCAGGAACGUUCCCAGAGCGUGCAGGCAGCACCAGCUGGAGCUGCAGGGAGUUGUUGGGUUGGCCUCCUCUUUCUGUUCCUGUCUGUUUUUAACGGUUAAACAAAUACAUGGAUUUUAAAAGUGAUUCCGUUCAUUUUGUAAUAUUUGUACUUGUCCCUUUGGAAUGUAUAUCCUGUGAGCAACUUAUGCUGAAUCCUGGUUGGUUUGGGUGUUUUGUGCUGUGCGUGGCAGAGCCAGUGGGAACUGGCGUGUGGCUUCUGGAAAUGCAGAUUCUUCUUUCUCCCUGAGGUCAUGAUCUGACACAUGUACAGGAAACCAAACUCAUUCUUACGUACUGUGAAUGUGCACCAGAUGGGGACGACAAUUAAAUCUGGUCUCUUCUCCCAAAAUGAAAAGGGAAAAGAAAUGCAUUUGGGAUUUGUGGAUAAUGCUGGUUUUGUCUGGGAAUAGAGGAGAGUAUUUCCCUCUUGCCCUGUUUUUGUGUGUUGUGCAGUCGGCCUUGAAGUGCAGACAGUGCACAGUUUGCUUCCUGUGCUGAGGCAGGAACCUUUCCAGCUCUUCCAGCACACUGAUCUGGGCUUUGGGAUCUGCUAAAUAAAGGGAAGUGGUGUCCUG